AUGUCCGAUCUCUCUGGCCAGAUCUAUGCUGCCUCGUCCAAUCCCGUCGGCAACAUGCGAAACAAAACUCACAACUCGUCGACGACGUCUCGAUGGCGCUUCACUCGAUCCACCGCGAACCUACAGGAAUCGGUUGCACGGUCACCGUCCGUAGCAUCCCAGACACCGUCAGUAGUACCUACAAAGAAGCUGGAACGCGUAGCAUCUAAGAUGUCGCUAUUCAAUCUCUUCAGUCGACCCAAAGUAGAGAGAGCUCGUGGACACACCGAGGUUGGCCUUGCAGUACCAAUGCGCCCACAGACUCCGCCCAAACCUACUCCGCCCAUUUCCAUACCGAAGUCUUCUCUGAGACAGAACCCCUCUCCUCCCGUUCAACAGACAAUUCGCGCACGCUCAAGCCAGAUGUUCCGACCCAUGUCUAUGCGACCCCCUGUACAACAUCACGAGUUUGGAAACUGGGAUCCACCUCCACUGUUCCAGGCUUUCCCACAAUCUCUGAAGCACGCCACUGUACAGGCAUGCGUGUUCGCUCCAGAGAUUCUGAUGAGGUCACAAAGUCAAAGACAGCAAGCCGAGUCGCUACGCGAGAAGAUGGACACUCAGCGCGACUUGUCCACAAUCGCAGAGAACGGCACAGAAACAAAGAAGCUCGAAAAGACACACAAGCGCCUCAUGUCCAACUCUGUUUUAAACCCACAGACCCCAGAACUUGUCAACAAGAUUUACAUCUUGGUCACAGCAGGGUUUGUGCUCCAAUAUGCUGGUGAUGGCGCAUUCGAUCGUUUGCCCGAGAAAGUGCUCAAGCUGGGAAAAGAAUCAGCGGCAUUUGCCUGUGACCUUAUACCUGGCAAGCACUGGGUGCUACAGAUCUCCAGCCACGCCAGCGACGACGGAACAUUUGAGUCAGGGCCAAAGAACUCUCUUCUCGCACGUUUGCGAACACAAAACGCCACCAUGCGCAAGUCAGCCACAAGCUUCCUCCUGGUUCUUGAGAGUGCGGAAGAAAUGGAUGAAUGGAUGACCAUUGUGCGUAAGGAGAUCGAUAACCUUGGCGGCAUGAAGGCAAAGGAUGAUUACGCUCGAGCGUCCUCUUCUACUGAUGACUCUGGUGGAAAGAACUCAUCAGAGACUACCAGUCAUCGGUAUCGAGUCAACCGGGACCCUCACAUUGUCAGCCGAGUCGUUCCAGUUGAACCACAGCAUUCGACGUCGCCAAAAAUCGUAGCCUCUGAGUGGGAAGUUAAUCAGAACGACCAGACGAAGAACAGUAUCGACUCUUCUAGUGGACAGUCUACUCGGUUUAACAAUAACAGCCGCCUCUCAGUAGAAAUGUCAUCUGUCGCUUCGACGCCCGUCUCUCAGCAUCAAGUACAACUGGACCAGCUUCGUGGACGGUCGCGAUACUCGUUCAUGUCAACAGCUACGUCAGCGUCUGGUGCAGGCACUCGUAACACUUCGCGAGAGUCGUCCCCUGCACCACAUUCGCCUCUCAAGGAGGAGUUUAUCGCGACCGGCGAGAGUGAGCCUCUCCGGAGUGCUAUGUCUCUACGGUCAUUUCACAUGAAUCCGAACAACACCAUGUCGUCUCGCCGCAGGUCAAUGCAGCCUUUGCCAAUCACUAAUGAAGACUUGAGCCAAACGGCGACGACGCCCCCUACGAGCAAACGACACUCCCUAUACAGCCCAACCUCUCCCACCGUGCCAGAACUAGGCAAGCCUUUUGUUGCAGGCCCAGUAAUACCAUUGAAAGAAGAAGAAGCUCUAAGCAGCGCGGACACUUUGCCAGCCAUCGUGCAGACUAUCGAUGAUGCGCGUUCAUCGCCUCCUCAAUCGAAAAUCGAAAAUCCUGAUCAGGCUGAUGGCAAUGAUCUUCUGCCCACUCGAGAAGAUAGCCCGGUACGAUUCAAUGCGCACAUCUACAACGCUCCACCGCGACGGGACGUAGUCUCACCUCCGCCCAAAAACCCUGCUCCAGUACCCCCGCCUCCCGCUCAACGUCAGUCAAUAAUGGGACCAGCACCCAUGUAUGCUUCUACCAGUGGUGACAAAACUCGGCGUCGAACGUCUGCUUCGCCGAAGCCCUUCCUACGGCCGUUCCCAGUACGCCCUCAAGCACAACACGGCGACUCAUCUACAAUCGUUUCGAGGCGGCAGUCUUCUCUCACACCAUCGCCUACACCGUCGCCUUUACCUGCGGGCGCCCACAUGAAUCGGUCAGUGACUGCUCCUGUAAGGCCACCUUCGGCAGCUUCAAACAUGCAGCCCACUACCAACCCUCAUGGUCUACAUUCCGCUCAAGCAUCACAAGCUUUGCGCCGUCCUGCUUCAGUCCAGAUCCGCUCUGCCGAUCCCGCGCCUUUCUUGUCAUCCCGCCCAAUUCGUGCCAUUGCAUCUACACCAUCAUUUGUUCCCGGUCGGAGAAUGUCUAAUGCACCUGCUCCUUUGUCAGAUGCUGCUGCGCAUAGGCCAACACCCAGUAUCGAGGCGUUGAGACAGCAGGCGUUCGCGCAGCAAAAGACCAUCACACCCAGGCGUAGUAUCGCAUCUAUGGGAUUGCCACCACCCGCACCACCACCAAACAUGCCCCUACCUACGCCACCCCGCAACAUAAGUUCGCCUACUCCUCCACCCAAUAUGCCCCUUCCCCCACCGCCUCCGAGCAUGGGUCUCCCAGCGCCUCCACCCAAUAUGCCAUUGCCUCCUACACCACCAGAGGCCGCGCUGCGUGCCUCGGCAAUCUAG